AUGUCGAAACGCCCGCGGACACUUGACGCCUUCUUCAGUCCUGCACCAACGAAGCGGUCGAAAGCAUUAAGCACUGUCACCUCAUCCGAGACCGAGACCGAGACAGACAAUGCCAAGGACAACAGCGCUGCCGAUGAAGAGGUGUCCACACGUGCUACUUACCCAUUUGCUCUGCCACAUCUUCCAUCAGAGCUGAGAGAGCUGCUCAACUUCGUGCCGGCUUCAGAGGGACGCAUCAUCAACGACCAGCCGGACCUCGACUUACUGUACUUCCAGCCAUAUAUACAAACGGACAUCCAGCGAGCCCUCUUCGACUUCCUCCGCAGCGAGCUGUUCUUCUACCGCGUCACAUACAUGAUCAAACGUGGGCCCACCGAGAGCCAGAUCAACACGCCACGAUAUACCACCGUCUUUGGCCUCGACGAGACUGCCCGGUUCGAUGAGCAGGGCGGCAUUGUAGACGCCGCGAAUGGAAAACCACUGCCACCGACUACAUACAAGUGUCGCCCGCGACCACUGCCACAAUGUCUGGACGUCUUGAGAGAGCUGACCGAGAACGCCACAGGCUGCAAGUUCAACUUCUGCUUGGUGAACUACUAUGCCAACGGCAACGACAGCAUUUCCUACCACAGCGACGACGAGCGCUUUCUGGGCAUCGAUCCUGCCAUAGCUUCGUUCACGCUCGGAGCGAAACGAGAUUUCUUGCUCAAGCACAAGCCUACGCCGGGCAAGCACGAGUCCGAGACGAAACCUAUGAAGCUACCCUUGGCAUCAGGCGACAUGAUUCUGAUGCGAGGCAAGACACAAAGCAACUGGCUACACAGCAUCCCGAAGCGUAAAGGUGGAGAGGCAGAGCUGGGAAGAAUCAACAUCACGUUGCGACGAGCAAUGGUGAAGGGCGGCACGGAUAAUUACUACAGAUACAACGUUGGAGAUGGACCUGUCCACAAAUGGGACAGCAAGAUGCGGGAAAUGCUGCCAGUCGGAGCCACAUGA